GGGAUCAACAUGGCCGCUGCACCCCGGACUGUGUUGAUCUCCGGCUGCUCGUCAGGAAUUGGUCUGGAACUUGCUGUGCAGCUGGCCCAUGACCCCAAGAAGCGUUACCAGGUGGUGGCCACCAUGAGGGACCUGGGGAAGAAGGAGACAUUGGAGGCAGCUGCUGGGGAGGCUUUGGGGCAGACCCUCACCGUGGCCCAGCUGGACGUGUGCAGUGACGAGUCCGUGGCUCAGUGUCUCAGCUGUAUCCAGGGAGAAGUGGACGUGCUGGUGAAUAAUGCUGGAAUGGGUCUGGUGGGGCCCCUGGAGGGGCUCAGCCUUGCUGCCAUGCAGAAUGUCUUUGACACCAACUUUUUUGGAGCUGUCCGUCUCGUCAAAGCUGUACUUCCAGGCAUGAAGAGGAGGCGGCAGGGCCACAUCGUGGUGAUCAGCAGUGUCAUGGGGCUGCAGGGUGUCAUCUUCAACGAUGUCUAUGCAGCCUCCAAGUUCGCCCUGGAGGGAUUCUUCGAAAGCCUGGCUAUCCAGCUGCUGCAGUUCAACAUCUUCAUCUCCCUGGUGGAACCAGGCCCCGUGGUCACCGAGUUUGAGGGGAAGCUUCUGGCGCAGGUUUCUACAGCUGAGUUCCCAGGCACUGACCCUGACACCCUGCACUACUUCCGGGACCUCUAUCUCCCAGCCUCCAGGAAGCUGUUUCGCUCCGUGGGACAGAGCCCACAGGACGUGGUUCAGGCCAUUGUCAAUGUCAUCAGCUCGGCUCGGCCACCUCUGCGCCGACAGACCAACGUCCGCUACUCCCCGCUGACCGUGCUCAAAACCGUGGACUCCUCCGGCAGCCUGUAUGUGCGAACCACCCACCGCCUCCUCUUCCGCUGUCCACGCCUCCUCAACCUUGGCCUUCAAUGUCUGUCCUGCGGCUGCCUCCCAACCCGAGUGCGGCCAAGAUGA